AUGCCGACUGCAAGGACACACGUCAAGGGACAACAUCACUCAAACUACCCCAGCCAACAACACCCACACCCCCAUCAACAGCAGCAACAACAGCAGCAACAACAACAGCAACAGCACGACUCCCAUUCAGUCAUCCUCGUUACAGCUGGUUACGACCAUGUCAUUCGUUUCUGGGAGGCAUUGAGUGGUAUCUGCUCAAGGACAAUCCAACAUCCCGACGCACAAGUGAACAAGUUGUGCAUUUCACCAGACAAACAAUACCUCGCAGCAGCCAGCAACCAACACGUCCGACUCUACGACAUCAACAGUGGACACCCAAACCCCAUCGUUUCCUUCAAAGGCCAUACCAGCAACGUCACCGCCGUUGCCUUUCACUGCGAGGGCAAAUGGAUGGUCACCGCCAGUGAGGAUCACACCUUGAAGAUCUGGGAUAUUCGGUGUCCGGAUGCGCAGAGGAACUUUGACCACAAGGCUCCCGUGAAUGACGUGGUAAUCCACCCUAACCAAGGCGAACUCAUCUCCUGCGACCAAAACGGGUCCAUCAAACUCUGGGACCUAGGCGAAUCCUCCUGCACACACGAACUGGUCCCCGAAGAAGACGUCCCCAUCCGCUCCGUGACCGUCGCCAACGACGGCUCCUCCCUCGUCGCCGCCAACAACAAGGGCAACUGCUACGUCUGGAAAAUGGCCCACACCCGAGACUUUACCGACCUCCAACCUAUCACCAAAUUCGCUGCCCAUGACAAGUAUAUUACCAAAUGUGUCCUUUCUCCUGAUGUCAAGCAUUUGGCGACUUGCUCUGCAGACAGUACGGUCAAGAUUUGGAAAACGGAUAAUUAUUCGUUCGAGUUAGAGAAGACACUUGUGGGGCAUCAGCGUUGGGUAUGGGAUUGUGCUUUCUCGGCGGAUUCGGCGUAUUUGGUGACAGCCAGUUCGGAUAAUGCCGCGCGGUUGUGGGAGUUGUCGUCUGGGGAUACUAUUCGGCAGUAUAAUGGCCACCAGAAGGCCUGUGUCUGUGUCGCCCUCAACGAUCUCUCAACGUAG